UCCCAACUGGAGGACAACAUAAAGACGAAUCAAGGAUUGUUGUGGCAGUGACAAGCACAACAAUAACAAAAAUAAUAACAAUAACAAAAAGGAAAACAAACAACAAAAACUUUGAACUUUAACAUGAACAAAAAUGCCGGCGAUGGCAGCGGCAACGAUGGCAAAAACUCAAAUAAUCACGGUGGAAAAGGGGGCUCCGGGGCGGGUGGCGGCGCAGGGGCUGGCAAUCCCCAUGAUCCCACCGGACUGUUAGAUGCGGCAUCGCUGUUCGCCUAUUGGGGCCGCGAUCCAACUGGCGCUGCAGCUGCGGCUGCCUCAAACCCGCUCUUCAACUCGCAGUUCAAUGCAGCCGCUGCCGCCGGCUUGGGCCUGUUGCCAAAUGCUGCGGGCGCAGCAGCAGCCGCUGCCAACGACCGUUAUUCAUCGAUGGCCGCAGCAGCAGCGGCAGCUGCCGGCGCCCACCAUCAUCAGAACACAAUGGCCGUCGCGGCCUCGCAGGCAGCCAGCCUAGCGGGCCUGCAUCCAGCAAGUUGGUGGUCCAUGGCUCAGUUGGCAGCGCAGGAUUAUUUCAGUCGUCUGCAGGCAUCGGGCCUCUCGCCAUUUCCCCAUCCCGAUCUGGCCGCUGCCUUUGGGCCCGCUGCCAUGGCAAUGGGCGGCGGUGGCAGUGGCUCUAGCGGUGGUGCAGGCGGCGGUGGGGGCAUGGUGGGCGUUGGCGGCGGUGGAGGUGGCGGCUCUGGCGGUGGCAGCAGCUCCAGCAGUAAGUCGAACAAAUCGCGCAAAGAGAAGCGCGCCGCUCAGCAGCAGCAGCAGCAGCAACAACAACAGCAGCAGCAACAAAAUCUGGCCAACAGUUUGAAUGCCGCAGCGGCAGCCGCGGCCGCAGCAGCUGCGAACAAUCCAGCCGCAGCACUGGCCAGCAUGCAUGGCUUUGGACUGCCCGGCACCAGCAUGCCGUCCUCGGGCAGCAGCUCCUCAAUAUCAACAAGCAGCGCCGGACACGGUGGCUAUAAGAGUACUGCCAGCGCGUAUGGAAAGCCCUCGACGAUGACCAGCAGCGGCAGCGGAAGCAGUAUUGCAAGCAAUCCCGGCUCUGCAUACGAUCCGGUCACCCUGCACAAGGAGCUGUUGGCCAUGCAGGCCGUUGCAGCGGCUGCCUCGGGCUCUGGAGUGGGCGGCAUGUCGGGCUUGGGCAGUGGGGGCAGCUCCAACAGUUCCUCCGGCAAGAAGUCCAGCAGCGGCGCUGUUGGAGGCGGCGGUGGCGGCGGCAAUUCGUCGCUGCAUGCUCAUGGCUUAUCGAAUCUGGCGAUGAGCCUCGGCGCCGGCAGCAGCAGCGGUGGAGGCGGUGGCAGUGGUGGCGGCAUCAUGUCCAGCAGCAAAGCUUCCACCAAUGUCAGCUCCAGCUCGAGUGGUGGCGCCUCGUUGGGCAGCAUGCAUCCGGGCCUGGCAAUGUCGCCGCACGGCAACAUGUCGGGCAGCGGCAUGGGCAGCUCUGGCAAGGAUCGGGAUCGCGAUAAGAACAAUCCGUCGCUGAAUGCGCUCAACUCGCUGUCACAAUUCGGAGCACUUGGCAUGACGCCCCAGCAGAGCAUGCAGGCGGCGAUGAAUGCCUUUGCCGCAAGCACUGGGGCCAACGCCACGGUCACCUCGUCGGCCCACUCGUCCCAGCAGCAGCAGCAGCAGGUGCCCAGCACAACGAUGGCCGGCGGCAGCGCAGGCAAGGUGAAGGACUAUAUGAGUAAUGCGGCCAUGAUGAGCAGCAGCAGCGAGCAUCCGUCGCUGUUGGGCGUGAGACUGCCGCCGGAUACGGAGAUUAUUAAGUACACGUCCUCCAUCGUGGGCCCCAAGAUUCCUGGUAGUACUUCACGCGGUCGCAAGAAGACCAUAUCUGAAACAGAACAACAACAACAACAGCAACAACAAGCCACACAGAAACAACAACACCAAGCAGAACAACAACAACAACAGCAACACCUUACACAACAACAACAACAGCAGCAGAAGGAUUUAGAAAGCACAACAAAUGCAAUUUCCUCUCUGCUUGCAUUUCCAGGGCUCAGUCCAGCAAAGCGUGCCCGACUCGAAAUGGAGUACGCAGCCAUGGCGGCGGCGGCGCAGCAACAACAGCAUCUGCACGGCAUGCUGGGCGCGGCCGGCAUGCCCAUGGGCCUAGGCAUGACGCCCAUGGAGCAGCUGAGCAGCGUCUCGAAGGCAGUUGUGUCGGCCGCAUCGUCCUCCUCGACGGUGACCAGCACCGCUGGCGGCUCUACCUCGGGCCACAGCCAGAGCCACAGUCACAACCAGAAUGCGUCCAGCGAUCGCGUGGAGGUGAUCAAGUUGCCACCGACCAUCACCUCCAACGGCGCAUACAAUCUGUCCAGCAAGGGAUGCGGCAAGGAGCUGCACGACUUGACCGGGGAUCCGGCUCUCGCCUCUGGCGUCAAUCUCAGCCUCAAGUCGAGCGGCGCGCCCGCCAGCGGUGCCAUUGGCUCGGCUUCCAAUCCCAUUACCAUAGACGACUUCGAUGCUCCGCUUAAUCUGUCCAUGAAGCCCUCGGACAAGAGCAGCGGCAACAAUGCGAAUUCGACAGGAGGCGCAUCCUCUGCUGCCUCCUCUUCAACGGCCUCGGCGGCGUUGGGCAAUCUAGCCAGCGAUUAUCAGACAGGCCAGAGCAGCACCGGCAACGGAUCGAACAGCUUGCAGAGCCUGAGCUCCAUAACAGCCGCCUUGGGUGGCACCGGUGGCAUGCCCGGCGGUUCCAUCUCUGGCAGUGGCAGUGGGGCAGGUGGUGCAUCGCCUUCGCCGGCGCAGAGCAGCUUGCCCGCCGCUUCGGGCACGUCUGGCUCGUCCGGAUCCGGAUCGGGCUCAUCGACCUAUAAGGAGGGACGGCCACGCAAUCUGGGUCGCGGCGUAUCGAAGCCCAAGAAGAACACGGUGGCCUCGCUGCUGGCCCAAUCGCGUGCCGUCGGACUCAAGCCCAUGCUUGCCACACAGCAGCUGCUGCAGCAGGGCGCGGACAUUGAGAAGAUCCGCUUGGCGCUGAGCGAGGCGAACGCGCACAUGGAAACGUCGACAGACUCGGAGAGUGUUGCCGCCGAGAGCGGCAUGUCGGAGUCGGAGAGUGAGGAUGCGAACAUAUUGAAUGUGGCGGAGCUGCGCGUGCCAUUGGAGCUGGGCUGGAAGCGAGAAACAGUCAUACGUGGCCUGACCAAGCAGGGCCAGAUCCGCGGCGAAGUCACCUACUAUGCCCCGGGCAGCACCCUGCCCCUGAAGACCAUUGGCCAAGUGUUUGCUCUCUUGGAUCAGCAGCCAUCGAAUCUGACGCGCGAAAACUUUAGCUUCUCGGCGCGUGCGAUUGUCGGUUCGUUCCUGCAGCCGGCGCCGGCGCCCUAUGCCAAUGAUGGCGAAUACAUACGCAUGACGGACGAGGAUGUGGCCAAGCGGCUGGAGGAUCUGAAAGUGUUCACGCGCCAGACGCUCAACGUGGAGCAGCGCAUCGAGAUUGCCAAGCAGCAGCAGGCAAUGCGCGACGCCAAGAAGCAACAGAAGGAGGAGCUGGCACGCAACAAGGAGAAGGCGCGGCAGGAGAAGAAUGCCAAGCUGGAGCAGCAGCGCAAAGAGAAGGAGCUCAAGAACCAACAAGCCAUUGAGGAGCGCAAGAAGCGUCAAGAGGAACUGGAUCGUCUCAAGCAGGAGGAGUUGCUCAAGAAGCAGCAGGAGAAAGAGAAGCGACGUCAGGAAGCAAUUCUAGCUAAGGAACAGGAACUUCAGAAGCAAAAGGAGCUGCUGCUAGCUGCCGAAAUGGAGCGCGAACGUCGUCGUCAGCACAUGAAUCUGAUUCGCAUGCUGGAGGUGCGGCGCAAGUUCGAGGAGCGGGAGAAAAAGAAGCACCAGCUGGUGUUGGAUCGCCUGAUACUGCGCGAGCGUCGCAUGGCUGAGCGCAAGCGGGAUGCUGAGAUUUUGCAGCUAAUACGCAAACCGAGCGAGGACUCGGAGCUGCCGCAGGAGCUGUCUGUGCCGGAACUGGAGCGCAUCGCGGGCAAUCGGUUGCCUGGACAGGCGAUGGCCGAUCUGCUGAUGGUGUUUGAGUUCUUGCACAACUUUGGCGAGACGCUGGGCUUUGACAUGGAGUCGCUGCCAUCGCUGCAGAAUCUGCACGACGCGCUGAUCAGCGACAGCAACGCCGACGCCGAGGAGGAGCUGUUGUCGGUGAUGACGCACUUGCUGGUCUGUGCCAUCGAGGAUCCGGGCGUGCCCAAUCCGGGCCGCCAUACAACGCUGCUGGGCCAGUCGCUGCGCAACGCGGACAUAACCAAUUCGAAUGUAUCAGAAAUUCUGCGCAUCUAUCUGUACGCCACGGCCACCGGCGAGAUACGACAGAUGCACGGUAUCACAGUGGACAGGGAGCGCGAGCGCCGAGUGCCCGACCAUCAUCAGGUGGAUGCGGACACGGCCACGCACUCGGCCAAGAAUCACGAGUACUACAAGCUGCUGCACGAGAACGACACCUGGAAGCUGUCGCAUGCGCUCAAGGAUCGUCCCUUCGUGGCGCUCAAUCCGACGCGCAAGGCGCAGAUGCUGGCGCACCUGUGCAACGACCUGCUGAUGAACAAGGCCGUGCUGCGGCAGAUCGACGGCAGUUUGGAGACCUGCGCCCAGAUGCGCAAGGAGAAGUACAUGACUGACAUGAAGGUGCGCAAGUACAAGGCGCUGCACCAGCGCAAGGCGCGCAUCGAGGCGUAUGAGAAGGCGCAGGCGGAGCGCGAGGCGGCCAUGCAGGCGCUGCUGGCUCAACAGAAGCUCGAUGCGGAGCGGGAGCGCGAACGGCUCGCUAAGCAAGCGGAGGCCGAGGCCGAAGCGGAGGCCAACAAGCAGGCAACGGCUGAGUCCUCGGCCGAUGGAACAGCCGCUGCAACUCCGAGUGCCGCGGAGGGCAGUGCUGCGGGCGUCGACUGCAACAGCGAGGAUAAAUCGCAGGAGGAUCAGGACAAACAGGAGGAGCAGCAACAACAGCAAUCACCAGAGGCGGAACAACAAUCACAGCCCAUGGACUUGGAUGGCGAUGCAGCAGUUCCAAUUGCAACCAACAACGAUGCUGUGGCAUCUCAGGGCGCUGCCUCCAUGGUCGAGGUGAGCCCGUCGAAGCAGCUGGCCAAGUUGGAGGAGUAUCAGCAAAAUGGCGGCACAGCCGGAGUCGGUGGUGCGGUGGCGGAUGGUGGAAUGUCGGCCAUGCUGCAGGCAAAGAAGAGCGGCGCACGCAAUUCCAUCAAUGAGGAUGGGCACACGCAGAGCCACGAUGUGAGCAUCAUCGAGGAUGACCUCUCCGACUUGGACUCGGAGAUCACCAAUGUGGAGGAGGACGAGGACAAUCGCCUGAGUGCGGACGAGCUGCAAAAGAAGCUGGACAAAAUUGUGCGCGCCUCGCUCAACUGCAAGGAGGCGCUGGAGAAGAGCACCAAUCAGCUGCGCGCCGCCUGCUUUGGCCAGGAUCGGUUCUGGCGACGCUACUGGAAGCUGCCAAAGGCCGGCGGCAUAUUCAUCGAAGCUCUGGAGUCGGCCCAGAACGAGAUUUGCGACUAUCACGAGGCACUGGAGGCCAUGGACGAGCAGCAGCAGAAGCAGAAGCCAGUCGAGCCGGCAGCCGAUGCAACGGAACAGAUGGCCGUUGAUGAUGGCGCUGCGUCCGAGGAAACGCCCGAAGCUGAAGCAGAUGCGCCACCAGCAGCAGCAGCAGCAGCAGCAGGAGUAGCAGGAGCAGCAACAGUUGAUGCAACUGCAGCAGAGUCCAUGGAAGUUGAUGAAGUAACGGAAGUGGACAGCGGCAAGGCGCAGCAAACGAAUCAUCAGGCGGAGCAUGUGGUCGAGGACGACGAUGACGAUGAUGAUGUGACGGAGAUUAACAAAGUGGAGCCGGAGAUUGUCGAUCUGGGCGACGACGAUGACGAUAUGCCACCCGCCAUUGUGAAGCCCGCCGAGCCAAUUGUGACGAGGCCCGAGAUUAAGGUCAAGUCGGAGAUGGAACUAAUGGGACCGCCGCCGACGGUCAUCUCCACAAAGACGGACUUUGAGGCCGAGAUUAAAAUACCCACCAUUCCGGGCCUGAUACCAACGCUCAGCAACAACAACAACAACGGCAACAGCAAUAAUAACAACAACAGCAACGGCAACGGCAACUGUGAAAAAAUGGAGGCACUCACUCAAGAUGAUCUGAAGAAGGAGGACGACUGCAUCAUUGUGUCCACUACACAGGUGGGCGAGGACACCACGCCCCGCUGGUUCUCGAUAGUGAAGCGCGAGGUUCCGCUGAUCAGCGAGCUGCCCGCGGAGGAGGGCGGCGUGGUGGCCCCAGAGCUGCAGCUGAGCUAUGCCAGCUCCCAGAACUGCAGCGCUCAGCUGCAGAUGCAGGGACAUCCGUGGGAUCUGAUCAACAACAUGCAGUACUAUAGCAUACCCAUGGAGGAGUGCAAGGUGGAUCCGAGCAAGUUCAGUCAGGAGUGCAUCUUCACGCUCUCAGGGCUGGACGAGAAGCAGAUGCAGGCCAAGCUGGAUGAGUACGAACAAGCCAAGUUAACGAUGUCAAAAAACGGUCUGGCGUCUCCUCAUCGUUGCCAGACAACCGAUGAGGAGCAGCAGCAGCAACAGCAGCAAGAGAAGCAAUCACCGCAACAGCAGCCAAUGAGGCUGUCCAAAUCCGAAUCUGAGUCGGAUUCGUUUUUUCGUUUGCGCGCUGAUGCCGCACCGGACACAGGGGGCGGGAACGGCGAAGCUGCCGAACUGAAGCCCAAGAUUGAGCUGCGUCUGGAUGAGGCCCUGUCCCAGGCAUACUAUCACAACAUAGCGAACAUGUCGCUGAGCAGCGUGCAGACCUACAUACCGAUCGACAUUCCUCUGCCGCUCUCGAUGACGCCGGACGAGCACCGGCUGCUGGAGCAGGUGAAGCUGGCCGGAUUCCCGGAGAAGGUGCACGGCGUCUAUGUGCCACGCCGGCAGCGCUAUGGCUGGUGGCAGCUGGACGACGAGCAGAAGCUGCGCCAGCUGCUAAAGACAUUGAAUCCAUCGGGAUUGCGAGAGCGCGAGCUGCAGGAGAAUCUAACGCGAUUCCUGACUCUAGAGCAGCCAUUGGGCAUCAACUAUCAGCUGAAGCUGAACGACGCCCAGGCUGAGCUGGUGGAGUACAUGCUGCCGGAUCGGCCGGGUGACUGGAAUCCCAAGGUGGCCAGGCGCGUGGAGCUGGCGCUGCUGGAGCAGCUGGAGUCGCUCGAGGAUAAGAUAGCGAGCGCCUCGAUGCAACUGAAGAACUGGCAGUUGCCGACGCGCAGCGACAACGACGUCAGCCUGGCCGAGCAGGAGGACUUGACCGAGGCGGACUUCGUGAGCAUCAUACCCAUGAUCAGGGAGCGCAUCAUCGAUCUAGAGGCGAACAUUGAGCGACGAUAUCUGAAGCCUCCGCUUGGCUCGCAGACCGGAGAUGCCCACCUGGCGGUCAUUGCACAGAAUCAGCACACCUCGACGCAGACCCAGAACUCUGCCUCGGCGGCCGCAUAUCUGCUGCAGAUGCAGCAGCAGCAGCAACAGCAGCUGAUGGCCCAGCAGCAGCAGCAGCAGAACCAACAGCCCGGCAAUAGCCUCAAUGCCUCCGCCUUCAAUGAGCGUACCAUGGCGCUGGCAGCGGCUGCCGCGGCAGCUAAUCCAAGCAGCCUUGCCUCCGCCUCCUGCGACCCAGCGGCGGCGGCAACAACAGCUGCAGCAGCAGCAGCCGGAGCAACUACGUCAACAGCAUCAGCUGGCAGCGUGGAGCCCUGCUCUGGCGCCGCAUCACCAGCGAGCAACUGCGACAGCGACAAGGACGAGAAGGUGGAGAAUAUACCCAAGGGUUUGGUGCAAUGGCGCGAUGCUGUCGCCCGAUCCCACACCACCGCCCAGCUGGCCAUGGCGCUCUAUGUGCUGGAGUCCUGCGUGGCCUGGGACAAGAGCAUCAUGAAGGCGUAUGCAAUGCCCGCAAAGAACAACAAGUCCAACAAGAAGAAAAGUAACGCCAAAAAGCAGGCAACACCAAAGAAGAAACAACAACAACAACAACAGCAGCAGCAGCAGAAGCAGGAGCAAGCUCCAUCAAAAGCCAAACAAUCAAAGAAAGAAAAGGAAAAGGAAAGGAAGCAAGCGAAAACUGCACCGAUGACCAUCAAAAUCAACUUGAAGGCUUUGGCACAGAAUGGAUGCGACCGUGAUCGUGACCAGAACAACGCCACACCCAACUCGAACUCCAACUCGAACUCGAACUCCAACUCAGACUCGGACACGGACAGUGACUAUUCGAACUCGCAUUCGAACGGCAAACGGAAACGACGACGACAAGGACGACGUUCAGGCACUACUACAAACUCUUGCAAAUAUUCAAACUCCUUACAGAAUUGCCAGUUCUGCACCUCGGGCGAGAACGAGGACAAGCUGCUGCUCUGCGAUGGCUGCGACAAGGGCUACCACACCUACUGCUUCAAGCCCAAAAUGGACAACAUACCCGAUGGCGACUGGUAUUGCUACGAGUGCGUCAACAAGGCGACCAACGAGCGCAAGUGCAUCGUCUGCGGCGGCCAUCGACCCUCGCCCGUGGGCAAGAUGAUCUACUGUGAUCUGUGCCCGCGCGCCUAUCACGCCGACUGCUACAUUCCGCCACUGCUGAAGGUGCCGCGUGGCAAGUGGUACUGCCAUGGCUGCAUCACCCGUGCUCCGCCGCCGAAGAAGCGCAGCGCCGCCAGCAGCGGCGGCAGCAGCAGCAAAUCGCGACGGGAUCGCGACGCCAGCACCGCAGCCAAGCGACGAGGCAGCGACAAGCAACAACUGCUGGCCUCGGCUGGCAGCAUGGAGCAGCUCUGCUCCGUCGACCAGCAUCAGCAGCAACAGCAGCAACAACAACAGCAGCAGCAACAGUUGCAGCUGCACAGCUCUCAGCAGUCGCUCAACUCGUCGCACGAUGAGUCCAUGACAUCCUUGCCAGCGCCGCUUAGUCCGGCGCAUUCGAUUGCCUCCGGCACGUACGAUGAGCACCACCACAACAACUCCAUCGAUGCCAGCCGCUUCCAGGCGCACGUCGGCAACAACAAUGGCGGCGCGCAGCUGGAGGAGAAUGCUUCGUUUGCUGCUGGAUAUGCAGCGCCGAAUAGCUUUGGCGUGGUGCCGACGCAGCAGGCGCAGGGAAUGCAGUUUGCGGCCAUGUCGCCGCGCGCUGUGACGCCCACACGGACACCGACGCCAACGCUGACGCCGACGCCCACCUCGACGCCUGUGCCAGCGCCAACGCCGCCGCCACCGACGCUGACUGCGCCGCUGCAGCCGCCGACGGCAAAUGUGGCGGCACCUGUGCUGAUGCAGUCCUCGCCCACGUCGCUGCUGAACGUUGCCUGUCAAUCGCCGCCGCAGCAGCAGCAGCAACAGUUGCUGGCUAUGCCGUCGCCGAGAACGUGCACACCGACGCCACCGAGUGCUGGGACGCAAAUGUCGCCGCCCCCGAUUAACAUACACGCCAUACAAGAGGCCAAGGAGAAGCUGAAGCAGGAGAAGAAGGAGAAGCACGCCACCAAGAAGCUGAUCAAGGAGCUGGCCGUCUGCAAGACGCUGCUGGGCGAAAUGGAGCUGCAUGAGGACUCCUGGCCGUUCCUGUUGCCAGUGAACACCAAACAGUUUCCCACAUAUCGCAAGAUCAUCAAAAGUCCCAUGGACCUCUCCACAAUCAAGAAGAAACUGCAGGAUUUGAGCUACAAGUGCCGCGAAGACUUUUGCGUGGACGUGCGGCAAAUCUUUGACAACUGUGAAAUGUUCAAUGAGGAUGAUUCGCCAGUGGGCAAGGCGGGUCACGGCAUGCGCAAGUUCUUCGAGUCGCGCUGGACAGAGCUCACAGACAAGCACUCCUGAUACUCUACUCAGACGCAGUCAAGUCCAGCCGCAGCUGCAGCAACUGGAAGUACAACAGCAACA